GCUUUGAUAACUAAACCCGAACCGAAAGUAACAUCCUCACCCAGAACAGAACCCGAUCGUUACAAACUCACUCAGGUUUGUCUACUGCCGAUUAAUUAGUAAAACCUAGUUUUGUCUCUUACUCAACUCAGUAAACUAGAAUCGGAACUAUUUGUUUUCUAGAUAGCGGUAGAGUCCCUGAGUAGAGUGAACAAAGAGCACCACCACGAUGCUGUUGAUUUAGAUUCCUCAUGAUCAAAACGCAUAACCAAGCUUUGAUGUCCAAAGAUAAUGACGAUGACGAAGCAAUCUGCAAGUGAACCAGAGCUCGUUGUUCGUUAGCGAGUUCCACAUUAGAUGAUCUCGAGGCUUUUCUUCACGAGACUGAUGAUGAUGACGAGGAUGAAAUCUCAAACGUUGAUGAGGAAAAAGAAGAAUACCGCAAGUUUCUGGCUGCAACUGUUUCACACAGUUGUGAGGUUCAGGAUUGUGAUUAUGAUGAGGAUAAAGAUGUAGACUUUGAGAUACAACAAGCACUAGAGACUGAUGACGAGGAAGCAAGUAUCCCAAGGCCUGUGACUAGGCGCAAGAGACGACCCAAAAUCUCCAACGAUUGCAGAUCGAGAUCGUUACGUCCUCUUGUACCUAUCUUCCCCAUUACACAACCUGUUACAAGGUUUUAUGCUGUUGCCGCUACUCCAACUCCAGUCAAUGGCUUCUUCAGCCAAGCCCAAAUAAGAGAGCUGCAUUGUUUGGUUCUUGACCACCUCCAACUUCUCAUCCAGGUCUACUCUCUUUGUGCGUUUGAUCAUUCAAAACAGCGCAUUGGAGCACAAGUCCAAGGACUUAUAACCGAGAUGGUUCAGAAACAACAGCGACCAAGUCAUCUUCUUGAUCUAGUUGGAAGGUAUCUAGUUGAUGUCUCUACCGCUGUUCAAGAAUAUCGAAAGCGUCAAGUGGAAUCAGGUAUUGAUUCUAUGUUUGAAAGAGUGCCAUUGUUUGAAUCAGGACGCAAGGAUCCUGGUAAUAUCCAUAAGGAUGUCGCCGAGUUAGCUCAAGUGUUUUUGCCUUUCUUCAAAGUGUCCUUGUUUCCUGAGAAGCCGCCUGGAGGAGGUAAACGGUCCCUUUUCACCAGCGGUGAGGAUGAGUUACUUGCUCUUGGGAUAAUGGAAUAUAACUCUGACUGGAAGGCGAUUAAGCAGAGGUUUCUUCCUUGUAAAAGCGAGCAUCAGAUUUUUAUCAGGAAGAAGAACAAGGGAGCAUCUAAGGCCUUUGAGAAUCCGGUCAAGGCCGCUCUGAGGAUGAAAAACUCGAAAAAGAACAAUGAGGCAUGUACACAGAGGCUUGCACCUUGUGUCUUUCCUCUGGGAAUGCGUAAACCACACAAGAAGAGUGUCGUGAGAGUAGCCUCUGAUUUGCCUCCAGUGAACCAGUGCUCCAAAACUAGUACCAUUAAGGGUGGCAUGUAUGGGAGGGGAAACUUGAGUACUACAGAGGAGAAUGACUCGGGUCUUCUGAUGCAUCAUUUGUUGUUCCGUACCCCUGAGCAUACCACUACAUGUAGAACUUGGGGAUAGCUGCUGAGUCUUUUCAACAACAGUCCAAGGGAAAUCGAUCACUCAGCAGAACUUGGGGAUAGCUGCUUUCAUCCUUUUCUUCGAAGAAGUGAGUAUGAGAUAAGUAGACGUGAGAAUUUAGAGGGCACUGGCAAGAACGCCAAGUUAUGUCAGCUUGAGGAUACUCUCGGUGCUGGUGACAAGACUUGUAUCCCUGUUGCUGGUCGUAAUGAUGGCUCUCAUGUGACUGGAUCAUCAGCAACAAGUAGAUGCAUUGAUGAGAGGUGAUCAAUCUAAUCAAGGUAUAGUGAUGGAACAUGAGGAGUUGAGUGAUUCUGACCAAGAGAUGAUGGAAGAAGAACAUGUUGAGUUCGAGUGUGAAGAGAUGACUGAUUCUCAAGGAGAAAAUGACUCAGAAUGCGAAGAAAAUUCAAGAUAAAGAGAUAUAACAGAAGCUCUUUGGGUAGGAAUAGUUUCUUAACAAUGUCGAUAAUGGCAAUCCGGGUAGCAGUUUCCUUUGCAUUGAGGUUAAGGACAUAGAGAUUAGAGUACAACUAUGAAUGUAAAAAAGUGAAAACAAGACAAAUUAAUUUGAUUUUUUUUUUUGAAAUUAUACGAUUCUAU